CUCAGCGGCUCCGCUCUUCCUGCGCAAUGUGUGUAUUGUCUCCUGUCAUCUUGGCACAGCUCCCUGGUUAGGGCAGGGGAAAUAUAUUCUUUCAUCACCGCCAGCCCAAAGAGGUGAUAAUAUCUGACAAUGGGGAACAGAGACGAUGAAUAUGACUUCUUGUUCAAAGUCGUACUAAUUGGAGACUCUGGAGUGGGGAAGAGUAACCUGCUGUCCCGCUUCACAAGAAAUGAGUUCAAUCUGGAGAGCAAGAGCACCAUCGGGGUGGAGUUUGCCACCCGCAGCAUCCAGGUGGACGGCAAGACGAUAAAGGCUCAAAUCUGGGACACAGCUGGACAGGAACGCUACAGAGCAAUCACCUCAGCUUAUUACCGGGGUGCAGUCGGGGCCCUCCUGGUUUACGACAUCGCCAAGCACCUGACGUAUGAGAAUGUCGAACGCUGGCUGAAGGAGCUGAGGGACCACGCUGACAACAACAUCGUCAUCAUGCUGGUUGGAAACAAGAGCGACCUCCGCCACCUCAGGGCGGUGCCCACUGAUGAGGCUCGAGCCUUUGCAGAAAAGAACACUCUGUCAUUUAUUGAAACAUCAGCGUUGGACUCCACAAAUGUAGAAGAGGCCUUUAAGAACAUUUUAACAGAAAUCUACCGCAUUGUCUCACAGAAGCAGAUAGCGGACAGAUCUGCACAUGAUGAGUCUCCAGGCAACAACGUAGUGGACAUAAGCGUCCCACCGACCACUGACGGGCAGAAGGGCAACAAACUCCAGUGCUGCCAGAGCCUGUGACACUCAGUCACAUGACACUCCUCCUCUCCUCCACAUCCACCUUGACAUCACAUCACCUGUGCACUUUCUCUUCCCGUAGCUCUGCUCGCGGCCAACUCCCUCGUCACUCUGUACUUUACUUUUUCUCUACCUUUCAUUCUUCAGUUUUAUAUAAUACUUAUGAACUCACCUGUGCUCUUCUCUUCUGCCAUGAAAGAAAAACAAGAAGCCUUUAUGUCACUCGGUCAGUCCACUUGUUCAAUGUGAGUCAAUGUGAAGGUUCCUGCAAUGCAGGGACGAGGCAGUUGUCGCUGUCGAAGCCUGUGAAGUUGUUUGAACUCUACUGAAACGCUGUCAUGCGCAGGGAGGUUGUGACAUUUCAAUUGUUACCACUAGAUGGUGCUGCGUAAAUAAACUACAGGCAGUUACUCCAACCUGAUGAAGCAGUAUUAUGCCUUUCGACAGUGACUUUCUUCUUAAAUCAGCUAAGUUAUCAUGCCAAAAAUAUCCUCAUUAGGUAUUUAUUGAAGAUUAUUUGGCUUAAGUUGUCAUUGUUUUACUUUCAGUUUAAGAACUGUAAAAAUUUACAAUAAAAUUCUUGACAAAAGUG